AUGUUUCCGCGUCAGCUGUUCAUUCUGAAUUAGCAAGAUGGCGAUAUUCAGUGUUUAUGUAGUCAACAAGGCCGGUGGACUUAUUUACCAGUAUGACAAUUAUGUCCCUCGAACAGAAGUAGAGAAAACAUUUAGCUUCCCUCUAGAUAUAGUGCUCAAGAUUCAUGACGAGAAGGUUGUGGUUUCAUUCGGGCAGCGGGACGGAAUCCGAGUUGGUCACGCUGUGCUGUCUAUUAACGGGGUGGAUGUGAAUGGGAAGUACACAGCAGAAGGGAAGGAAAUACUGGAAUACCUGAAGGAACCCUCUAACUAUCCGGUGUCGAUCCGGUUUGGCCGAGCACGACUGACUUCUAACGAGAAACUCAUGCUGGCUUCAAUGUUUCACUCGCUGUUUGCUAUUGGUUCACAACUGUCCCCUGAGGUCGGUAGCUCAGGUAUUGAAAUGCUGGAGACAGAUGUUUUUAAACUCCACUGCUUUCAGACACUUACAGGGAUCAAGUUCAUUGUACUAGCAGAUCCUCGCCAGUCUGGUGUUGACGCACUUCUGAGAAAGAUCUAUGAAAUCUAUUCAGACUUUGCUUUAAAGAAUCCUUUCUACUCUCUGGAGAUGCCCAUCAGAUGUGAACUCUUUGACCAAAAUCUUAAGGGCGCUCUGGAAGUAGCAGAGAAAGCUGGUACAUUCGGUACAGGCUCCUGAGCAGAUGAGCCACGUUCCAGAAACGUUUGAUGCAACACUGUACAAUUCGGCAACCAACUGUAUAUAAUAUGGAUUGUUUCCUAAUGUGAAGAUUACCCAUAGUUCUUCACACUUAUGAUGUGGAUUAAUCAGCUUGGAUCCAAAUAUGGUGGAUAAAAUAUAGCUGGUUUAAUGGUCUAAAUCAGUGGGAGCAGGGAGAGCAAAUGGACCUUAACACACUUGGUUGGGAUGACGGCAGUACUUAUUUAUUGGUCAACACAUUGUUCUGUUUCUUGUUUCUAAUUCAACCAUGACUGCAAAAGAAAGGGUGCCACUGAAAGAUUAGAAAUCAAACUUCUGAUGUUUGUAACUUCUUUAUUUAAUAUAAAUGGUUUCAUUAUUAAAAAAACCUUUUUCCAUAACACCACAUAUAAAGUUAUAGUAACAAUAAAGAGGUAGAACCAUG